CCUCCGCCCCCUGUACCCCAACCCACAGAGUAGUGACCCCCCAAUUCCCCCUCACCCCGCCCCGCAUGGAAUCUACUCCCAUUACCGACAUAAAGGGCUCCCCAAGGCUACAAACCUGGCAGGGAAUGGAGACAAGAGCAGAGAAGAACCGGAAGGGAAGGGCGCUGUAUUUGUGGGCUCGUCUUAGGGACGGAGUACGAAGCACCGUGUAUAAGAUGAGAAGAGCGGAUCCCCAGCCACAGACUAUUGGCCACGGACUGCAGCUCGUAUGCCACUUGCCCUUUCGCAGAGCUCUGAGAGGGAUCACUUGGGUCUCCCAGCAGAACCUCUUGCUUUCCCUGGAUUCGGAUGGACUGAUCCGGCAGCACCAUACGGAUGGGAGGGUACAGGCUUGUGCCCAGGCUUCCCUGCCACUGUGUGGGCUCCUGUAUGCGUGGCACAGCCAGAAGCUAGUGGCUUGGGCCCAUCAGGAACUGCGAGUGCUGGACACAACUCUUACCCCACUUACUGUAUGCAGGGUGGCCCGGGGGGUCUUCUGCUGUGUGUACAACCCAGGAAGGGACCAGCUGCUCACUGGGGGGACUGGGGGGGUACAAUUAUGGGCCUUCAGCGAGGGCUCGUGGCACCUAACUUGCAAGCAGGUUUUAAAAGAAGGACUGAAGGAGACAGAUAGGGUUAAUAUUAUUGCCCUGGACACGGCCGCGCCACUGGCACAUACGUGUUUUGCUGUGUGUGGGGCAGGCGUGUGGGAGUAUGACCUGGGGCACGGAGAACUCCGGCGGGUGUGGAACAACCUUCACCUGAGACCAAUCACUGGGCUCAUUUACUCCCAAUCUCGUCAGACUCUAAUUACGGCUUCCAGAGAGGGGACCAUCAAACUCUGGGGCAAAUCAGCAGAACUGAAAGGUGUUUGUGUGGCGCACACAGGCCCAGUCACGGCUCUCUCAUUCAGUUCUUCCGGGCGCUACUUUCUCUCCGGCUCAGAAGACCGGACUGUGCGUACGUGGGACUUGGAGACUCAGGAGCAGGUUGGGGAGCAGGUUCUGGCCCAGCCGGUUCUUGGGUUGGAGACGUUCCGGGCUGAUGGAAAAUUCUUGGUCUCUCGCUCUGAGUUCUGCUUGGAUUUGUGGCAAAUACAGAACCUUUACCAGUACCACACCCCCCUGGGGGCGAGUGUGACAGACAUGAAAGUGAGUGGGGGGCAGUUUGUGCCCAGAGUUGCCUGUCUGUGCUCGGACUCGGCCGUCAGGCUGGUGGCUACUGGCACGGGGCAAUUACUCUCCAGCCUUGCCCUAGAUGGCCCAUUGGCCAUAGAGUUCUGCCCUCACACGGAGAGUGUCUAUGUCCUUCUGAAGAAUGGAGACCUCCUUAGGGCCAGCUCUGUGGGGAGCCCCAUGGGGGUCAGGAACACCCUGAGGGUCGGCUCUUCCCAAGCCCCUCCCCUGUGCCUCAGCCUGUACUGCGCCAUCGCCGACCAACAGAGCGCUGAUUGGAUAGAAAUGGGGAGAGAGAGAGAGCGCCAAUUUACAUCCGACGGAGGCAAAAACAGGUUUCUCCCUGUGAUUGGCCUGGAUGAUGGCACCAUUAGUGUGUGUGACUGGUACCCCAGCAGGGUAUUGUGCCAGCUGAAGGCUCACAGCCCAGCGAGAGUGACAUCGCUCAUGUCCAGUCCAGAGAACAGCUUUGUUCUAUCUGCGGGCUCGGAUUGGACAAUUCGGAUCUGGCGAAUGUUCCCUCACAGCGAGGGGGGCCUCAGCCCCCACAUGAGCUUUCUCUGUUCCCGCCCAAUAGAGAGAAUGUGCAUGAUUGGCUCUCAGCUUUUUGUUUCCUUCCACAACCAAUCAAGUGGCAGCUCCAGCUUAGUGCAGUACUGUCUCCAUAGCGCCACCCGCAGGGACCACUCGCCAGCCCAGGACCAUCAGCAACAGAUCACAGGUCUGUGUUCCUGCCCCACCCUGGGCCUAGUUGCCUCCUCUGGGAAGGACAAGAAAAUUCACAUCUGGAACGAACACAACCAGCUCCUUAGGGUCCUGUCCCUGGAUUGUGCCCCCGAGAGCCUCGCAUUCAGCAGCCAAUCAGCAGCUCUGUUACUGGGCAUCAAAGGGCAUGUUUGUUCCAUCGACUUCACAGAACUCCUGCCGGUCACUUACCAACUAAAGACAAUGAGUGUGGAACCCCCUUCUUUGGUGACUGAACCCCCAGUUCCAGUUCAGGGAUCGGUGUCACAGUCUCUUUCUGAAAAUGACAGGAAUCGUUUCCUGCGCCCCCCUCCGUUGCCUUCACGGAGUGCAGUUCCCCCAUGUACCAUCAAUAAGGAUCCCACAGAGCGGGACAGGAUAAGGGAGGAAUAUGAGGCUCGGGCAGCGCUGUUAUACAGAGACCAGGAGCUGCUGCUUCUACUGAAAGGGAAAGUAAAGCCAAACAGGAAAAUCCUACCGAGCAGCGGGACCGAGGCCAUGAAGCGAUAUCUGCUGCGGCUCUAUGGGGAGAGACCCAACAUCCAGAUUCCUGUUUCGGACCCUAUUGAUGCGGAGGAGUCGCACUCAGACCCCCAGACUCGCAGACCCCCUCGUUUCACUGUAGGAGGCAAUAUGGCAUUUGGUCACAAUCCUCUCCUGGGGGGGCCCAAUCCGUAUCUGUCCCAAGAUUCCCAGAACAUUCCGUGUUCCGGAGCUGUUCCUAAUUCAGCGGUUCUGCAGCUCCUCCCACAAUCAAAACCAGACGAGCAACGAGAACUGGAAGAAACAGCGCGGGAAAGAAUCAUGCCAUUGUCUGAGAGUGAAACAAAGCUCCGGGUCCCAGUGAGGGAACACUGGAAGGAGUUGGGAGAAGAGUGUGAGACAAGUGAAGAAGUAAAUGAUUUAGAGGAAGAAGAGAGGAUCCUACAGAGAAUAUCACAGGCUGAAACCUUGGGGUCCUGUAAAACUGACCCAGAAACCAUUCAGCUUCCCCUGCGCCCCCUUCCACCACUGACUGGCAGAGAGAGCCUGAGACGGAGAGCACAGAUGCCGUUUGCUUCACGAAUUCCUCAGAGGCAGCCAAAGUCACAUUCCCCUGAGAGUACAGUGGAAGCUGCUGUGUCACCUGAGAUCCCUUCCCUUCCGCUGCCGACAUUCCCUUCUGAGCCGGAGCAGUUGGAAAGGCACCAAAUCCCCUCCCCUGAUGAACCAGCACUAAAUGGGUCCUCUGAGGAGCAACGUGUUGCGGCCCAACCAGUCCCUCCAUUCAUGCUGCAAUACAUACAGGAGACCUGGUUCACUGAUAUUUUCCCUGAAGCAAAGGAAGAACUACACCAUGUAUGUGAGGCUGAGUUUGUAUCCCGACUUCUACACGGACUCGCACAUGUCGGCCAUCCCAUGCGCUCCGACAUCCUGAUAGCUGUGAAGACUUUGCUACUUAAAGGGCAACCUAAAAACCUAAAAGAGAUUCACAGUUCUCUGAUCCAAGCAAUGAAUCCCACUCAAGGGCUGAAUUUAGAGGUGCCUGAAGAUCGGGACUUUGUCUUCUCUUGCCUCCAUAUCCUGACUGACCUGAGCUGUGCAACUAAUGAGCUUGUUGUGGAAUUAAUAGUGAUCUUUGUCCAGGUUCCUCCAUCGUAUUGGGGGCAAAUGCCGGUGUUUUUCAAGAAGAUUGGGGUGCAUGACUCCCAGGGGUUUCUGGACAAGGAAUUCAGUUCUUGGGCCACCUGGGAAUUGAGUGACAGGAGAAGAACUGAUGUGAGAGACAUGUGUGAACAGUGGCUUCUCUAUUGGGCCCAACACUUGAAGGAAAUUGGCAAAAUGGGCACAAACAAGGGCGCAGAUUCCACCAUUACUGUCACAUUUGUUGAGGUUUUAAAUUAUUUCUGUAAAGUUCAAAUGAAAAAAGAACUCGGAGCGAUGAAAGAAGAAUCAGUCCCAAAUAGGAGCACGAUCCUGGCUCUGCCGCCAAUACGAAGGGAGCGAGCGUUGCUGAGACUGGCAGAAAGGGGCGGGUCCCUGAGGCACAGGGAGGCACAGGACUGUCACCCUGCCCCGGUUUGCCCGCCUUUGCUGCCGGAGAUCAUCCCAUUCAUUAACCUUCCUCUCAAAAAGCUCACCCUUAACCCACUAACUCCCGUGUUGGGUGUGCCCAGCCCUCUGCCUCUCAGCGGGUCCCACCGGUACUUCGUGUGGCAGAGAUCGUUUGGGUCCAGUUACUGCUAGAGGCCACAGCCCGCGGGCGGUGCCAUAUUAGCCACGCAGUGUAAUGGGGUUAAAGCUCAGCGCUAUAUACGUCUCUCACAUUUACAUAGAAACAAGCAGGAUUUUUGUUGUCACCAAAGAGGUGAGAGCCAAUCAGGGGAAAGUGCAAAGUUACUUGGGAUAGGGAGGCACCGACACCUAGGGGCACAUUUACUAAGCAACUUUUAGAUAUAUAUAUAGAUAUUUUCAAGUUUUAUGAAUGGGUUUUGCCAGUACUUUUCUGAUGCUGUUUCUCUAAAAAUUAAA